AUCUCCUCUUCAUCGCAUCUUUUCAAGCCAGUCUCGUUUUGAGAAAGGAGACGACUAGACCAGGCCAGCCUGGAAUCCCCGGUAUUCCGCGUGCGCAGUGCGGCUCAUGCUACGGUGAACAUCCCAUGCCUUGCACAGCAUGCAGAGCGCUGAACCUAAGGACCGAACUACUUGGUGACUAGUGCUUCAGUCGUCCAUCCGGUCAGGAAAAAUUUAGUACUUCCGGGUCACAGACAAAGGCCACAGUCAAGUUGUGGCGUCAUCUUUGAACUUGGCUUACCAGUGUGUGCAUUGCUUUCGGCCUUCACGAUAAACCUGUCUGAGAAGAUUCAGUGCUGGUUUCCCUAUCACUCCCUGUUUCACCUUGAGAAAAGCCUCCUGGUUCCAGGAAACUGAGUCGCCACGAGCCUUCUUCAGGGUAGCUUUCCGGCUCUGGUUUCCUCAUCUGGAACCCUCUGCAGUGUGCUUUGCCAGAUGCUUGUCAAGACUAAUGCAGCUGAUGAGAUGCUUGCUCUUUUCUGCUCAAGUUUGAGUGUUCGAGGCCAGUAGCCUCCUGACUGAUUGACUGACUAAUCAAGAUGCAGAAAAGGCAAGGGUAUUGCAGCUAUUGCCGUGUGCAGUAUACUAACCUGGAACAGCACUUGUUUAGUUCUCAGCACAGAAGCCUGACCAGACAGAGCAGACGUCGGACAGCUACUAAUAACACUCUGAUGGAACGCUUUUUGCAGGAUGUUCUGCGACACCACCCAUAUAAUUACCAAGACAACAGAUCUGCACCAAAUGAGCCAGAGGCGGCGGCAGCAGCGGCAGCAGCAGCAGAUCCUGGAUCACCUGAAGUGGUGGUGGUUUUGGAUGAUUCUGAUGAGAAGGAGGAUGAUACUGCAGAUAGCGGUGCAGAGAGGAACUCCGAGGAUUCAGGAUCUGUUGAAGAGAUAGAUUAUAGACCUGGUACUUCUCAGGAACACGCAGAAGUUGCAGUUCGACCAUCAGUUAUUCAAAAACUGGAACGGGGACAGCAGCAGUCCUUGGAAUUGGCUCAUAAAGUUGAGAGUGGUGUGAAAAAAGUUAAUUCAGUCGGUGUUGUUCAGGCUACAACUAGUGGAAAAAAGUUAGUGCGUCCCCCUGUGAUUUGUAAUGCUCCUGCCAGCUCUUUGCCUAGCGGCUCUUUCGAGAGACCAGUUGCGGCUAACAGUGUUCCUCGGUUAGUACUGGCAGUUGCUUCAGAUUCUUUUCCAGCUUGUGACACAGAGAACCUUGAAACAUACUUUGACUCCCCAGAUCAGGGCCCUAGCAACCCAUCAUCUCAACCCAAAACUAAAGACCCAAAAAAGAAACUAAGUAUAAAUUUAGACAAAUUGCUUGCACAGAGAAAUCUUAGGGCUAAGGGUGCGUCUUUUUCCCCUGUCGUACGAGUCCGUGAGCUAACAGGUUCUGAGCUUUGUUCUGUAAGAGCUGAGUCUUCUGAGUUAGAGGCAGGUACAGCAGGAAACCCGAGGGAGACUGACACACUACCAGAACAAGCACGUGAAGGUGCCAUUCCAAAGCGUCGUGAGGCAUCUCGUUCAAAUACAGUUCGUCCCCAAGAAGAAACACGUUUGGUUCUUAACAAGCCAACACUUCUGAAACAGAAGCGCUCAGUGAGUUCUGAAGAGAGGUUCAGUUGUGGGUCUCGUCAGGCAGUACCUGGUCCUUCCCAAGCUGCUGUACGUGACUUAAGUCUUUUGGAGGAGGAAGUGGAGGAGGAGAAGCAGGAAGAAGAGGAAGAGGAGGAGCAGGAAGAAGAGGAGGAGCAUGAAGAGGAGGAGGAGGGAGUUGACCAAGAAGAUGCGAGUUAUGAAUCUAGAGGUUCUGACAUGAGUUUUGAUUGUGGGUCCUCUUGUCAGUCGCUGAGUGCCCUAUCUGAACUGACCGCCAGAGAAAUAAAUGUAUCAGAAGAAACACAUGCUUAUUCUCAGCCUAGGAAUGAAACACCCACUGUUUCUGGAGCAACUUCAGAUAAUGGUAGCAGUUCUCGUCAGGUGAUUACACAGAACAUACAGCUCAUUAGUCUGGUUGAUGAAAGCUAUGAGUCUAGUGGCUCUGAAGUGAAUUUUGAUGGUGAUGACUCACUACCGUCAACUAGUCACCGUCCCCCACAGCCCGUGGAAGUAGUAGUGCCCCUUCGUUUGGUUGACAAGAGCUAUGGAAGUGGUAGCUCUGAACCAUGUGAGGAUUCCGGGUCCUCAGCUGAUGAGACUCCAGCAGCAUCAAGACAGCAGAAUCCUGUGAGGAACACCCAUGCAAACCUGGUUGAUGAGAACUACGGGUCAAGUAGUUUCAGCUCUGACAGUGAUGCAGCUCUGGACCAUCCCCAGGUGCCUGUUCAAGAAGGAAGCCCCAGAGGCAGAGCUGUCGGACAGGGAAAUGAAGAGCAGCCCAGUAGUGCUGAAGCACAUCCUGAACGUGAUGGUUCUCUUGAGACAGUGGCUCAUGAACUCCAGAGAGAAUCACAAGAAAUAAACCUUCCGAACCAGAAGAAUACCAGCCUUGGGGAUAUGAACUGUGAGUCUCAUGGUCCUGAAGUGGGUUUUCAUGCUGAUGCUCAAUUAGAGGCUGAUCAAUCUCCAGUAAACCCUGAGGAAGUAGAUCUUGACCUAGAAAAUCAGAGUGUUCACUCUGGCAUUUCUAACCUAAGUUUUGAUUCCAAUGCUUCUUAUCAGUCAGCUAAUGAUCAACCUCAAGGGGCUUGGGGUGAAGUAAAUCUCGAUGAGUUAAAUGUCGACAUGGAAGUUAAGAGCAAUGGCUGCUCCAGUUCUGAGUUGACAUUUGAUUCCGAUUCCCCUCUUCUGUCAGUUACUGAGCGGUCUCUGCUGGAUUUUGAAGGAUUAAACGAAGAUGACUUUAACCUGGAAGAUGAAAACUGUGUGUCAAGUAGUUCUGACAUAACUUUUGAUUCUGAUAUUCCCGAUGACUCAGUAGCUGACCAACCUCAAGUAGCUGUUUAUGAGGAGGAACCUGUUGGUCUGGAAAAUAAGAGUAAUGAAUCUUGUGUUUCUGGAAUAACAUUUGAUUCUGAUAUUCCUCUUCAUUCAGGAAAUGAUCACCCUGAAGUAGCUGUUAAAGAAGUAAUCAUUAAGGAAGACGAAAACGUUCACUUAGAAGGGAAGAAUGACAAUCCCAGUGGUUCUGAAAUAUGUUUGGAUUCUAAUGUCCCUCUUCAUUCAGUGACUAAUUCUGAUGUAGCUGUUAAAAAGAUAAAUCCCCCCAAAGAAGAUCAGGUACAAAUAGAACAAAUUGAACAAAAGGAAAAUGAACCUACUGAUUCUGAAUUAAAUUUGGAUUGUAACUCUGUUAAUUCAAAGCCCGGAUGUUCUGAAGAUCCCAUUAUAUUACGUGUUUCUGAAACAAGAUUGGAUUCUCAUGUCCCCUUUCAGUCAGUUAUUCGCAAAUGUGAAGUAGUUGUCAAAAAUGUCUGUCUUCAAAAAGAAAAGCAUGCUGAGUUAACAAGUAAAAGCACGGAAUCUCAUUCUGAAGUAAGUUCAGCUUCUACUGCUUCUCACCCAGUGACAGAACCUUAUGUAGGUAAAAAGGCAAAGAGAAAGACAAAGCAUCUUGAGGAAGUCAACAGUGAUGAUGAAUAUGGUGGCUCUCAACCAACUUUCAAGUUUGAUGUUUUUCCUCGGACAAUGACUGAAAAACCUCAACCAGCUGCUUUGAAAGAGGGCCAUGCUGACCCAAAAGAUAAAAUUACUGAGCUUAGAGGGAUGGCCGUAAAUGUGAAUACUGCUGAUUGUCUUGAUUCAGUCCUUAGCCAGCCUCAGUUAGCCUCAAACGAAAACUGUGUUGAACUGAAAGACACCGAUGGCAAACCCAGUGACUCUAAAGCAAGUGCUGAUUCUACUGGCCAUUUUCACUCCCUGCCUAAACAAGAGUUCGAUGUGGUUUCAAAAAUGAACGAGUGGAAAAAAGAGGCAAAGGUUCUUGAACAGAAGAUCAGUGAUCUUAUUUAUUCAAAAAUAAUACAUGACUCUAAUGUUUCUUUUCGUUCUGCAAUGGAUCAACUUGAACUAGCUCUUAAACAAAUAAGUCUUGGUAAUAAUGACCAAGUGUCCUUGGAAGAUAACAGCCAAGAUACAUGUUCUGAGACAAAUUUGGAUUCUGGUUUCUCAGUCCAGGCAGUAGUUGAACCACCUGAACCUGAAGUAACUGUUUUGGAGCCUGAACAUGUUGAACAAGAAGGUAGAAAUAACGUGCCUUGUGAUUCUGAAGUAAGCGUUGAUGCUAAUGGCUCUGUCCAGUUAGAGGCUGGUCAGCAUAGUGAAAGUGGUGAAAACAGAAGUCAGAAGGAUACAGAUGACACAGAAGGUAAGAGGGAUGAUGCUCAGGGUUUUGGAAUUACAUGUGAUUCCAAUGUCCCCCAGCCAUUGGCCGGCCACAUUGAAGUAGUUCAGGACAUUGACCAUUGGAAGGAUCAUGUUGACUUGGAAGAUAAGCUUGGUGAAUCUAAAAACUCAAAAGUAAACUUUCAUUCUGAUGAACCACUUCAGGCUGUGACUAACGCAACACAAGAGCCUGUUGAAGAAAUAAAUUUACCGAGGGGACGUGCUAGUCCAAAUGGUAAUGGCUGUGAGCCCUAUGGCUCUACAAUAGUUCCUGUUACGAAUGUCAUUUUUUGCUCAGUGAUUCAAAAACCACAACGUUUGCAAAAAAAGUGUACCAGUUUGAAAGAAAACAGCAGCAAUCCUUGUCCUGAAGUAAAUGUUGAUUCCUGUGAUGGUCCUGAAGUGAGUGUUGAUUCUAAUGAUCCCUGUCAGUCAGUAGCAGGCCACCUUCAAAAACCUGACAAGGAAAUGAAUCUGAAGGAAGACCAUAUUUACCUGGAAGAUAAGAGCUACAAGCUAGUUGACUUUGAACCAACUUAUGAUUCUGACGAUCCUGUUCAGUUUGUGACAGUUCCAUCUGUAGAGGCUGUGUCUAUCAAAGAAGUAAACUUGCAAAAGGAGAAUCCUGAUGACCUAGAAAAUGAGAACUUUCAGCCAUGUUGUUCUGAAGUAGCAUGUAAUUCUGCUGUUCAUCUGCAGUCAGAAGCUGACCCACCUCAAGUGGCUUGCAAAGAAGCAGACCUUGACAAGAAAGCGCUUGACAUAGAAGACAAGGGCAGUGUAACUUGUGUGCCUGAAGUGGUGUAUGAUUCUGACGUCUCUUUUCAGAUAGUAGUUAACCAGGUUCAGACAUCAGAUGGAGAAACAGACUCACCACAGGUGGUGUUUGUGGAUGUUGUGUCCAGUGAUAGUGACUGUGACCGGGAAGUAAUUUCUGAUUCAAAUAUCCCUCUUCAGCUAGAGCCACCUCAGAUGACUGUCAAAGAAACCAGUGAUAUAAACACAGAUUCUCUUGGUUCUGCAGCAAACGAAAAGUACUAUUGUAAAUUCUGUGGUUGUGAUUAUGAAGCCUCUCAGUCAGUGACAAACCAAUCCAAGGAAAGUUUUAAAAUAAUAAACAGGAAAAAUGACUAUAUUAUCCUAGGCGAUUCUACUUGUCCAUCUUGUGGUCAUGAACUCAAUUUCAAUGUUGAUCCUUCUGAUCAGCCCACUACCUGCCAGUUACAACAGCCUGAUCGUAAUUUUAUUGACCCAGAAGAUAAGAACUUUGGAUCUAAAUGUCCUAAAAGAAAAUUAAAUUGGGAAGAUACUGCUCAUCCAGUGACUCACCAACUACAGAAAACUGGAGAAGCCACCAGUCUUCGGAAAGAUCAAAAAAAUAGAUUCAAAAGAGAUAGGGGCUGGGAAUCCAGUAGUUUUGCAGGAGACCAUGCUGCCUAUGCUGUGUCAGUGAUUCGCCAAACAGCUUUGAACUCCUGUGGAUCUGAGCUAAACUUUCAAGAUGAUACCUUCUAUCACUCUGACAUUGACCCACCUCAACCUAAGAAAAAAGGCCAGGGUAAGAAAGUGACUUUUGACUUGAGAGUAACUAAGUAUGAAUAUCCACCAAACCCAAUGUACGGGGAAGGAGAAGAGGUUGCAGAAGAUGAUCUUAAGGAAGUAGUAGUUCAUGAAGCCUCACCUCAGGGUCAGGCUCCUCCAUCAAUUGUUGGAAAAACAUGUCCUCAGGGGAGAGAAGAUGAUGUGAAGACAAACACACAGGCAUGUCAAGGUUAUUUCUAUAGUUACUAUGAUGGUGGCUCUGAGACCAAGAAAAUUCUUUUGGGUGAAGAAGAAAAGACCAUUAGGUCUGACCUUAAUCAGAACACCACAUCAAUUCAACAUGUUAAAGGUAAAGUUGGAGACACUGGUGACUUUUCAGUGGACUUAGGUAAACAGUCUUGUUCCUUAGCAGAGGGGCUUCAUCAGCAACAUGGGCAGGUGACUUCUCAGAACCAAGUAGAAGUGAGAUGUGGAAUUCAAGCAAGUUCUGGGAAGAAAAGGAAAAUUACAGAACAAGAAGAGGACUCACCAAAGAGGAAGUGUUUCCACCAUGAUAGCCAGAAGAAGAAAAAGGCUCAAGCUGGGAUAACUGAGCUACCUGAACCACAAACUAAAGUUUUAGAGCCUGUACAGCCCGAUUCCUUGGUCUAUAUUUUUUCUUCUCUAAGUAUGAAGGAAGAUCAGUCUUUGAAUCCACCUAAAACAAAGCCUGGCAGUGACAGUGAUUUGCCACAUAUAUACAGUUGUAGAGAACACACCUCUUCUGGCCCACGACGUAAGAGAACUGUAAUUAAUCCUCCACAGAACCUAAUGGUACCAGAAGUUGGCAUUGAUCUUAAUAGGCAUGACCCAAAGCCCAAUGCAGGAGACGAUAGUGCCAAAAGACAAAACCUGGUUUCAACAUCUUUUAUGGCAAUGCCGAAAAAAUCUGUGUUAAAGUUCCAGAGGACCAAUCAAUCUUCAUUUCUAAAAAAAUCAGAAGAUGUGGGUGCUACUCAAGUUCCAAAGGAUAAUUUCCAGCAGACUCUUGUAAAUCGUGAUGGUGCCAAAAAAUUUCCCAAAUCAGUUAAAAAGGAAGAUCUUGAAAGUCAAAAUCAAAGGAAAUUUUGGAAAAAGAAGAUGGUUGCUGCAAAUAAAUUAUGCCUCAUCAAAAAUGCGUAUAAAACAAUGGUUCUCCGGAAAAAAUCAAAACUAGCUUCAGAAAAGCUGGCUAUUUGGAUUCAGCUGAAAGCGACCGACAUCAUCAGGAAGUAUGUCUCUAGAUGCCAUGGUCUUAUGCCCCGGAGGCAUCUAUCAAAGACUGUUCUUAUAAGAAUGCAACUGAGGAAGAAGAAAAUAGUUGCCAGGAAGAUAAAGGAAGCCAAGAGAGCAGCUGAAGCACUAGCGCUCAAGCUCUCGCGCCCCUCGUGUCCCCCGCGGGCCCCGUGCCCCCCGCGGGCCCUGUGCCCCCCUCGCGCCCCGUGCCCCCCGCGGGCCCUGUGCCCCCCUCGCGCCCCGUGCCCCCCGCGGGCCCUGUGCACCCCUCGCGCCCCGUGCCCCCCGCGGGCCCUGUGCACCCCUCGCGCUCCGUGCCCCCCGCGGGCCCUGUGCACCCCUCGCGCCCCGUGCCCCCCGCGGGCCCUGCGCGCCCCCUGCCCCCCACGGGCUCUGUGCUCCCCGCGCGCCCCGUGCCCCCCGCGGGCCCUGUGCCCCCCUCGUGCCCCGUGCCCCCCGCGAGCCCCGCGGGCCCCGUGCCCUCCGCGGGCCCCGUGCCCUCCGCGGGCCCCGUGCCUCCCGCGGGCUCCGUGCCCCCCGCGCGCUCCGUGCCCCCCGCGCGCCCCGUGCCUCCCACGCGCCCCGUGCCUCCCGCAGGCUCCGUGCCCCCCGCGGGCCCUGUGCCUCCCGCGGGUUUCGUGCCCCCCGCUCCCCCUGUGCGCCCCGUGCCCCCCGUGCGCCCCGGUUCUCCCAGCUGGUGCUGAAGAGCAGUUGAGCACUACUGCAGGACCUGCAGAGCUGCCUGCUCAUCUUUCCAAUGCUGGAGGAAUAAAGCGCUACAGGAAAACUUACUUCCGGAGAAGGAAGAGACUUCUUCCAGUGAGAGAAUAUGACCUGAGAAGCUUGAGUUCCACAACAAAUACCGACAGGAUGGUGACACGGCUUGCAAGCAAGUCGAAAAGCAAUGAGGCAAAAUAAAAGUGCGCGUCGCGUCGUAGCGGAUGGAGACCUCAGUCCUUCACUUGGAUGGAACACAUUUGAGACUUGAAUGCACAUACUUUUCCCAGCUUUGGUGGGGAAACUGACCUUACACUAUUUUGCUACAGAUAUUAUUUUUCGGAGAUUUUAUAUUCAUUUAAAAUUAGUGUUUAGGGUCCUUUUUUUUUCUUUUAAAGAUUUAAAAGCAACCUUUGUCCCAUUUAUGUAGAAGAGCUUCAUCUUAAUUUGUCUCAUAAUUUAGCAUACUAUAUAGAAUUCUGUUCCUUAAAUCAUGUCCUCUGAAAAUCUUUCGUGCCAAAAAGUUAUAACACUGGGAGAAUGAACAUAGCAAGCUUAUUAAUUUCAUCUUUUAAACAAUUGGGACCGAUAUCUAUUUACUUAGUUACCACACUUCCAAGUUGAAUAGCCAGUAGGUAUUCUAACUGGAUAAAUAAAAAGAGCGACAUUGUGCUAUCUCGGUUUUCAAGUAUCUCAGUUUUGUGAUCAAACGAUCACAAAAAUAUAUAACUUCUUUUUCUUUUAAAGUCAUUCCAUAAAAUAUUUAAUCCAGUUUUUUUAAGCACCUGGUGAAAGACAAAUUCUUUUUCAUUUAAAUUGGAUCUGCAGUUCUGUAGCUUUUCUCAUUUGCACACAUACCCACAGAUCUUUUUGUUAACAUUAUUAAGUCUUACGUGGAAAAGAUUUUGCAAAUGUGAAUAAGCUUUGAAGGUACCUUUUCUCCCUUUAUUAGUAAUCUAAAAUGAAAAUCCAGGUAAUUUUAUCAUCUUAUUUACUAAUAUUUUGGAUAACAUUUUUAAAAUGAUGAGCUUAAGCUGUUGGUUUGAUAAUGGCAUGUGGACUGGCCAUUAAUUGUCAUUAGUGAAAAACUUGACAUUUCAGAAAAAUUAAGUUAAACUAGUAACCUAACUAGAGACCUACUUUUCAAGUGAAAAACAGUUUAUACAUCAGUUUAUCUUAAACUAUCUAAUUAUAUUAAACUAGCUAGAUAGUUAAAGGUUAAGCCAAUUUGACAUUUUGUCUUAAACUACCUAAUUGAGUUUAACAGUUGAGAUAAAGAGCUUGGAUACACAGUGUGAACCUCUGUGGUACUUGAGUCUAUUCCUUUGAGGGUCAUUGACUGAGCUGGUGCAGAUGCAUCCCCUUUUCUUGUUCAGUCAAGACCUGGAUCUUUUUCUGUCAUUGAUGUUAUGAGGAAACACGAAGUUUCCCUUUACUGUGUAACUACUAUAUUUUAUUGAAACUAGAGUCAGUGUUAAGAUGUGUCUUGAUUUCAGAGAUAAAACUGUGUUACCUUAGAAUUAAUGAAAUAUCAACGUGGUUUUGUUCCAGGGGCCAUUAUUUAACCUGUGAGUCGUUAAUGGUGAUACUAUAGUCAUCUCUUUACUUCUAAAUAUAAGUGGUAAUUAUAUUGCAGAGUGGACAAAUGUGCUUUUUUAGUCGGCAAGUAACGUGUUUAAUUUUUUCAACCUUGCCUCUUUAUCUUACAAACAUUUUAAUUUCUUUAAAACAUUCUUAAUGGGCUGCUAGUUUUUUUUUAAAUCCUCAAAAUUUAAUUAAGGAAGAAAACUCUUUCACUGAUUAUGAAGUAAACAUGAAAAAGUAUUCUUUGUAGGUAUUAAUGUCUUUUGCAGCUCCCAGACACCAUUAAUAAACACUCUUGUAAUGGAGGUUAAAAGUGAGAGUUCAUACCUAAAUAACCUACCAUGUAAUUAUGCCAGAUUAUAUCUAUUGUGAUUAUGUCCCGCAAUGAAUAUUCAAAUAAUCAAAAUUUAAAGUUAAAAAAUUCAUAAUUUGGAAACUUGUCUAAGGACCUUUUAAAGGGAAAGCAAGGAAAAAAUUAAAAUGUAAAAUUAACAUCACCAAAAAUAUAAAAAUGUCUGGUACAGAAAUUAUGGCUUUGUUUAGCAUUUUGCAAAUAUUUACUAACUUCUUGUAAGGAUUAUUAUUUUAGACAAGAUUGGAAACUUACUUAAAAUGGUAAAACUUAAGUUAAAAGUGAAUUAUUUUAGAAUUUGAUAGGAUAUAAGAUGUGCCCCUUUGUCUACAUAAAUGUUGAUUUAAUUUUCAGGCUAGGUUGAAACAAUUGGUUAUUUUGUGUAGUCAAGAGUGCAUUAUAUUCUUUCAAUAGUAAUACAUCAAAUUACAACCAUAUCAUUUCAUUAAUCUUGUCCCUUUUAGUAUCUUGAAUAGAUUUUUAUUGUGAUUGUCCUGGUGAAACAGUGUGUGGACAAUAUUGUGUAAAGAGUGGUUUUUUUGCAUUUGUGCAUUUUAAAUUAUUUAUGUAACUAGGGCUCUGAGUAACACGUUUUGUUUUGUUUUGUUUUGUUUUGCUUAAAGAAAAGCUAUAUUUAAAUAUUCAAAUAAUUAUAUAUUUCCAUGUAAAACUAAUGUGAAGACCGAUGUAUUUUUUAUAAUGCAAUUUAAAGUGUAAACUUGUUUUGAUGUUAUCAAGAUAAAUUUAUUAAAUAUUGAAAUUUGUGUGUACUCUCUCCUAAUGUUAGAACCUUUUUCUGGAAAUACUUAAAAAGAAUCAGAGAGUAAUUAAGGCUGAAGUAAUUCUGUAAAAGGCCUGAGAGAUGAUAAAUAAGAGAAUGCAAAUGUUGAUGCUGGCGAGAAAAUUGUUUAACCAAAGAUACAUAGGUUGUACUCACAUAAGUAAUUAUUUCAAAAGAUUAAACAACCACUAAUUUGCCUGGAGGAGUGAUGGGGCAGCUGUUUGACUAGCACGCCUGCACUGAAAGGAUUGAGUUCAGGAGGCAGGAUCCAUACCACCAUCUGACGCCCUCUGGGAAAUGACCAACCCCAAAGCCUUCCAUCUCUCUCCGUGUCUUCUGGUGCCAUAGCAUCUGACAGUGAUGACAGGAUGGCAUGGACAGGUGCCUGAGAGAAUAGUGACAUAAGUGCUUCUGACCCUAGAAUUACUGACUUGGAACAUUUGUUGGUCAGGGAUUUUCGAGUGAGAAUUAUCUUCCUAUUUACAAUGAGAAGUUACUACUUUUUAGUAAAGGACUUUUAUGUUUAGAAACAUGGAAUUAUAGAAUUAUACACCAAAAUGCCAACUCAAGUAAAUUCAAAGUGAGGAGACAUAGCUUUUUUUCAUCUCUUACUCAGAUGAACUCAAAUAUUGAGGGAAAAAUUAGUUAAAACAUUUCCCUUUCUUCUUAUACUUCAUGUGUGUAAAGUUCUAAGUGUUUUAAGCCAUGGGCUUAAUUUUUCAAAAUUAUUUGCUUUAAAUAAAGAUUGAAUUCAGGAUAAAGUAUAGUUUGUUGCUGGAUCUUUAUAUUAUUUCUAGGUUUAUUUAUUUUAAUGACUUUUAAACCUGGAAAUCAGUUUAUUUCCCAGAUUUAUUAUUCCCAAAUUUAGUAUAUGUACAUAUUGAGGUGAUCUUGAGUACAGCACAGUGUCCCAAACUUUAACUGUAUCAUGUCCCUUGAUCUUUGUAUUUGGGAGCCUUGUUGGAUACUAUAACGAUCACUGUGAAGUGAGAACAUUGAGGCAUAGAGUAGUUAACCCCCUUCCUACCCGUAGCAAUGGGCCAUCUUCUAGUCUCUAUCCCCUUAGAGUCAUCUUCUCUGUUUACUUCAUAUAAGCAGUACCUUUAUGUUUCUCUCUCUCUCUCUCUCCUUUGUUUCAUUUAUCAUGAUUAGGUGUUUUGUUGUUGGUUAGUUGGUUUUGAGAGUCUCCUAGUUAUAGCAUGCUGAGCAUUUUGGGUUUUAAAAUUACUUUUUAGCAGUUAGUUUUAAAUCUACUUAAUUUUUUUUAUAUAUUUAUGCCUCUGAGAGUUGAAUCCAGGGCCUUGUGCAUGUGAAUCAAGUGCUCUGCUGCAAUGUACCUCCAGCUCUCAGUCUUGAAUGACACCACUACCAGAACCUUUCUCUCCUGCCAACAGACGGGAAAGCCAGCAGGUGCGAGGCUAGCUUUGUUCCCUGCAUGGUUCUUAUUAUCUGAUUCCUCCUCAGAUCCAAGACUGGACAGCAGAGUUGCCUUUUAGAGUGUUCCUGUGGUUCACUUGAGUGUUGUAUGCUCUCGUGGCCUUUGACUCCUCUUUACCUACCCAUCAUGCCACUCUUCCCUGUGCUCAGUUCUCAUUUUCACCAUCAACACAUCACCUCAUGCUCUCAAUCCUUUCACGGUGGAGUGCUUGCAGGUAACUGAGAACAAGAACCAACAAAUUGCUGGGUUUUAAUCCAGUUGUGCCACAGAGCCAGGAAGUGUGUUGGCAGCCUCUUGGUUAAGUUGCUCUCCUGCAUAUUUAGAUACUUACUGUCAAAAUCAGGAAGUCAGCAUUGAUCUCACCUAUCUACUCUGCAGACCGUAGUCAAAUUUUGAAAAUUAUGUCAAAAUGCCCCUUGUAGGUCCUGGAUUUGAUCCACAGUUAUGGACUUCAUAGAUACUUUGUUGUUUCCUCAGUGUGGAGCAGUUUCUCGCCUGUCUGUACUUGGUAGCAUGGCAUUUUGAAGGUACUGGUUUAUUUGUGGAAUAUCCUUGAGUUUGAGCUUGUCUGAUGUUUCUUUGUAAUCUAUGCAUUUUUGGAAUUUGAAAUUUGUGUUCUCAGUGUGUAUUAACAGAAGCCAUGUGAUGUCAGUUUGAAUAAAUGUGGUGAUAGAAU